AUGGCCGUGGUGGCCGCGAUGGAGGCGGCAGCAGACACAGCGGCGCCUGCGAACCCUCCGGUGAGCGGCGGUGGCACCGCGACGGUGAACCGCGCCUCGUGGCGGGACGGGUCGUGCCCGAGCCACGACGGGGUCCCGCUUAUGCAGCAACAACAACUGCAACAAAAACAACAGCAACAACAACAACAGCAACAACAGCAACAACAACAACAACAGCAACAACAACAACUGCAACAGCAACAACAAGUGCAGCAGCAGCUCCAGCAGGUGCAGCGGCAACAGGAGCUUGUGCAGCAGGUGCAGGAGCAGAUGCAGAAGGUGCAGCGGCAACAGGAGCUUGUGCAGCAGGUGCAGGAGCAGAUGCAGAAGGUGCAGCGGCAACAGGAGCUUGUGCAACAGCUGCAGGAGCAGGAGCUUCAGCAGGAGCUUGUGCAGCAGCAGGAGCAGCAGCAGCAGGAGCAGCUGCAGCAGGUGCUGCAGCUGCUACAGGAAGUGCAGGAGCAGCAGGAGCAGCAGCUGACGCAUCGGUUCGAGCAGCUGCAGCUAAUGCAACAGGAGCAUCUGGAGCAGUCGCAGCAGUUCGAGGACCUUCAGGAGCUGCGGCGGCAAGUGCGGCAACUCCAGCGGCAGGUGCGGGAGGCCGGGGCGCAGCUGCAGACCUCCCAGCGGCUGCUGCGGCUGCGUGCGGAGCGGCUGCAGGAGGCGUUCGACACCCGAGGAGACGUCUUGCUGGCAGAGUUCGAAGCCUCCAUCCCGGACUUUGUGAGCGGCGCGGAGCGGCUGGCAAAGCGAGUGGAGCCGCGCCGGCUGGUCGUGACCAUGGCCUGGAAGGUUCUCAACGGAGCGCCCCUGAGCUGGGACGGCGUCCUGUCCGCGGUGGUGUACUGCGCGCUGCUCGUCAAGAGCCUCGGGGCCUGCGGGCGGCUGGGAGACUCGGAGAAGACGCGGCCCCUGACGGACCUGGUGGCCGCUGUGCUGCUGGUCGAACGCAGAAGCUGGCUCAUGGAGCACGGAGGCUGGGAGGGCUUCCUGCGAGCGCUCGAGCCGGGGACUCCCACCUAGGAGAGGAGCCACAGACGUCGAGCUCCGACGGGCAGCGGCAGUGGAGACGAGUAGAGAGAGAGGAGAGAGAGAGGAGAGAGUGAG